AUGCCCACUCUACAACCAUCGACAAGCACUUGCUAUAAAUUAAAAUUACCUGAUUUACCACCUGAAUUGAGAAAUAAAAAUAUAGAUGAAACUGUGAAGAGAAGAUACACUUUAGAUUGUAGAACAGGUGCCGCAACUGAAAUUUGUCGAUCAAGUAUAUUAGUUCAUGGUGGACUUACCAUUCCAUUAAAUAUUUCACAUAUUACCAUAUCGGAGAUACAAAAUAAACUAAUAUUAUAUUUUGCCAAGAGGAAACAUUCAGGUGCAAAUUUUAAAAAUUUACAGGAUUGGAUAAGUAAUGAAUUAUUCUCCUUAGAUUUAAUUACAAGAGAAUGGUUUAGAAUAUCGACAACUAAUAAAAAUAGCGAUGAAACGAUAAAGGAAAGAUUGUUACACUCAAUGUGUUAUUAUAAUAACAAUCUUUAUAUGUUUGGGGGACUUAUAGUCUCGCCACAAAACGAUUAUGAAUUAAUAGCCACCAAUGAAUUAUGGAAAUUAGACUUACAGACAAUGGAAUGGUCUUUAAUUGGUAAAGAUCCUCAAAUAACAAGAAGAUUCAAUCAUACAAUGCUUCUACAAGGCAAUAAUGAUGAAAAGAAAGAUACAAAAUUGAUCAUUGUUGGUGGGUUGAACAAUAUGGAUCAAUCAAUACCAUAUAUUGAUGUCUUCAACAUUUCUACAAAUGCAUGGGAAUCCGUUAGAUCCUCUAACAGAAUCAUAACAAAUAUCGAAGGGAGCAUGGUAUCCCUUUGUAAGAAUAAAAACGGCCCCGUUCUAUUACAAGAUAAUGAGGCAGAGAUUCCAACCUUAGCUUAUUACAUGCCAUUAUCCCAACAAAAACGGCAAUUAAACCUACAUCCAAAUGAUGAUAUACCGUCCGAUGAGAAUUCCCCAAUGACCUCAGAUUCUGAUAGUCUCGAAGACGAAAAUAAAAUACUUACAGAGGCCACAUCAACUUUUGAAGAAGAUUCAAAGAAUUAUAGUCCAAUUAUAGCUUUACCUUUAUUAUCAAAUGCACAAGGUGUCCCAUUGAUUUCAAAUCAGGAUGAGAUAUUUGAACAGAUACAAAACACACUUCACUAUGAAUCCGCAUCAUAUUUCAAUGAUAAUUUCAUCCUUAUAGGGACAACUACAGUUCGCCCACAAGCUAAAUUGUAUUGUUUCUUUUAUAAUUUGCAUUUUUCAAAGUGGACAAUGAUCAAUAUCAAUUGUCCAGACUGUGAUAUAACCCAUCAUAGAUUUUGGAAAGUAUUUACUUGGGAGUCACAUUACCAAGCACUCCUUUUAGGUACUUUACAUGAUGAUUUUCAUACGUCAUCAGUUCAAAAAUUUGAUCAUUUACUCGCAUUUGGUUUGUCAAUGACAAACGUCUUGAAUAGAGCUGCUAUAUUACCAGAUUAUAACCAAUCUAGAAACCAGUCUCUCUCAAUGGCUCCUACGACACCUUCAAAUCUAGAAAAUAAUCCAUUUCAGAAUCCAAUACGACCAAGUACAUCGACUUCUCAGUUCGAGAGUUAUAUAAAAUACAUCACCACUCCAUUAGAUAUAGAGGCUACGACAUCUGUAUUCCCUCCAUAUGCAAUGGUUUUGGGUAAGGAUGGUUUCGACAUAUAUGGAGAUUCUUUUGCAGAUUUUGAAUUUAUUACUAACGAAGGUGAGUCAGUUGGUGUCCCAUCAUAUUUACUUAGAAAGAGAUGGGGUAGGUAUUUCGAUCGAUUAUUAUCUAAAAGUUAUUCUACUACCUAUGCUACUUACAGUAACACAGGGCAUAAUUCUUCAUUGGUCAAACCAACAUCAGAUACAAUUGGGGACAUACCAGAGACCUCUAUUUUGAAACUACACCCUACAAAUAACAUUGUUUCUCAGACAUCAUUAGACUCUUAUUUCAAAGAGACGGAAAAUGAUUUGGAUCCUAAGUCUACACCAAAUUAUACUAAAGAACAAUCUGUUAACUUACCUCCUAUAUCAAAAAAUAAAAUGAAUUAUAAGCUUUCUCCUACAAGUUCAUUAUAUAAUAUUGGUGCUACUAAUAAUUCUCAAGAAGUCGUAAACGUGAUCCCUACACAUCUAUCCAAUAAUAGAUACGAAGAAUUUAAAAAUUAUAAUAUGUCAGCACCAACAACAAGUUCCACAAGUGGGAUGGUAUUUAGAGUACCAUUUCACGACAAAAAACUCCAAACUACAGAUUAUCAAGAUUCUCGUACCUCAUAUAGUCAAAAUAACACAAAUAACCGAAGACGAUCUUCAUUGGUCGUUCAAUUUGAAGGCGAGACAGAUCCUACUGUAUCUAAGAGUCCAGGACAAUAUCCUCGUCGUGCUUCUCAUCCUACACAAUGGAAUCCUUCAUUUUUGGACUCUAAUUCUGCGUCACCAAAACCUAGUGGAUUAUCAGUAACCUUCAAUUCUUCCUCAAUUACCAACGGUAAUAACGUAUCGAAUAGAAGACCUUCUUGGAGAAUGAUGUCAAGUACUCAUAAUUCUAGAAAGGCAUCUGUUACAUCACAGAGUAGCAUUAUGUCAUUUGUAAGUUCUAAAUCUGAUAGAAUGGGGAAUUCCGUCAUAGCAAGAAGAAGUACAAGUGCUUCAGGCAGUAAUCGUAGCAGUAGAUCUACUUCCCCAAACCCUGUCCUAUUGAAUGUAGCAUUACCGCCGCUAAGUAACAUUCCAGACGAUCCGAUUCCAUCGACACCUGCCAUAUCUGCUAAUAUUCCUAUCCCUCAAAAUAAUCAUCGUCGUAAAUCAACAGCUUCAAGAGCAGGAUCAUUUGCUGAAGUAUUUGGUUCCAACAGAGGUAGUCCAUUUUCAUCACGAAGAUCAUCUAGGGUCAGACAUAGCUCUAGUGUAGCAGACUCCAAUAGUUCGAUGCAUUCACCUAGAUAUUCCAUUGAUGAUGCGAAAUUUUUUAUUUCCCCAACAAGAACUAGACGUAUGUCUUCAUGCACGUCAAAUGAAGAUAGUUUAGAGAGUCUUGGAACCACUGAUGGAGGUCGUGAAUUAGAACCUUUAUUGACACCGAGAUCCCUGUACUUACCUUGGCCAACUGUCACGGUUCAGGCGUUUGUUGAAUUCUUCUAUACAGGUCAAAUCAAUAAGAAAUGGUUGUUAGCUCCAGUAGUGAUGGAUCUCUUAGUAAUGGCCAAGAUAUAUGAAAUCCCAUUGUUAUACGAAAUGAUAUGUGAGGUCAUAUAUGCUAUCAUUGGUAAGAAAGAAGAGAAUUUACAUUAUAAUUGUAAUAGUAUAGAACGUGGAUUUAACCAAUUAGUAGCCAAUUAUUUUCAAGAUGAUGAAGCCAAAAUUACAAAAUUUUUAGAAAAUAAUGAAGCAUAUCGUCAAUUACAAAAUUUGAAGAAAUCAUUGAAUGAUAUUGAUGACGGGUUCCUUGUUAUGAAACUACUAAGCGAUUUAUCGAGAAAUCUUUCCACAAGUACUAAUGAAGAGAGUGAUAACAAUGAUACAGUUUUGAGUCAUGAUGAUUUAAAAUCAAUACAAAGAUCAUUGUCGAAUGCUUCUCUCUCUAGAGAUCUACAUCAGACUAAUGACGGAAACUUAUCAACGAGACCACACCAAAAUUCAAACAUUUCAACAGGUCUAUCGUCUCUCAUUAACAACGAUAAUAAUGAGGAUGUUUCUGCUUCUUUACUUAAAAAGUUACUUAACCAAUCUGAUAGUAUAUCACAUAAUGAGGCCAUCAGACGAGAUAUGGAGUUAGCUGCCAAAGAUAGAGAAAGACGUCAUUCUUCAAAUAGUUCUUUAAUAAAUAAACGUGUUAACGAUGAAGAAUUGGAACAAGCAAGGCUUCAAGGUUUAUCGGAAGUUGAUUAUGGCUUUAGUAGAGAUGGGCCAAUGGAUUCUAAGAGUCUCAAGAAGUUAUAUUCUAUGUAUGAAGAUGAUAAUCAUAAUAAUGAUAAUAAAACUAAAAUUGGAGAAAUUGAUAAAAAUUCAUCACAAUCAGAUUCUGAUGAAAUUGAUUCACAAUUUGAUGGUUUAUCUAAGAUUAAAAUGAAGAGACAAUUAUUAGAAGAUUUUGAACUUGAUGAAUCGAUUGAUCCAUUAUAUCGUUUUAGUGAAAGUGAACCAGAUGCAUUUGGUGCAUCCAUGUCACGUUCUGAUUCCUUAAGAGCUUCGGGUUAUGGUAAUGCAACAAGAGGUAGUAAGACAAGUAAAUCCACUCUCUAUAAAGGUUCUUUCCUAAAAAAUGCUAGUCUUCAUGUUGGUAAUAAUAAUCGUAACAGUAAUAAUAAUAAUAAUAAUAAUAAUAAUAGUAAUGUUAAUGGUACCUUUAAGAAUGAUAAAAAACCAAGUGAUGCUGAAAGUGGAACAAGCUUAUUAAAUCUUUAUAACCAUAGAGAGCCAAAUAUGAAUAUUACUGAACCAACAUUAGAAAAUAUAAUUUCUACGGAUGCGUUACCACCUGUUGAUUAUAUUAUGAAAUCGAUUUGUAGAACUACAGUAUUAGUUAAUGAUCCAAGAAUAAUGAUUCGUAGUAUGGAAUGUAUUGAAUUAUCAAAAUUAUUAAAAUUAGUUAAGAAAAAGAUGUCACAUGAAGUUCAGUUAUUAGAAGAUAAGACGAAAAAAAAUGAAAAGACAAGAAUUUCAAAUAUUUUAAUUUCAACACAAAAUGGACAUAGAUCAUCAAUUAAUGCAGUACCGAAUAGAAAAGAAGGCUCAACUUCAAUACAAACUUUACCGAAAAUUCGUACAAUGUCGUCAAUACCAAAUUUUAAAUUAAAACAAAUUUCUAAUAAUAAUGUACCAAUUGAUCCAUCACGUCGUAAAUCAUCUAAAUUAAAUUCAAUUUCACCACGUACAUCAUUAUCUGUUAUUACAUCUAACAACAGUAUUAAUAAUUCAAUAAUGAAUCCGAAUCAUGAUAUUAAUAAAAUAUCGAUGCAUCCGCCAUUUAUACCUUCAACAAUGUCAAAUGUCGCAUCACCAAAAUCCAAGAAAGAUAGUAAAAAUUCGCUAAGCAACAACAACAAUAAUUCUAAUAGUAACAAUAAUCUCAAUAGUGGAUUCUCAUUCUUUGGUAAAAAAAAGUAA